AUGGGUACUCUCUCUAUCGUGCUGCAGAUUUUUGCUAUUCUUCAACCCAUCAUCGCUGUAAAAAGAAUACUUAGAUGGCCCGUCUUCACUGGACGUGCGGGACCCAGCAUCUCUUCCACUCGUUUCGUUCCCUCGCCAUUGUCAUCCAAGAUGUUCUCAAGCUUCGUGAGUGACGUUGACGAGGUCCUUGAGCCUGAGCUCUCAGCUGGUCAUCCUGCAGCGAAACGUACCCAUCUCGUUGGGGUCUCUCUCGGGGCGUUUGCGUCCUUUGGGAUCCACCUGGGUUUUUGUCCAUCUAUCGUCGAUUCUUCUCAUGAUGUAACCGGCCCAUCUAUGUUUUGCUUUCGAUACAUAUUCCGCUGUGUCGCGAAGACGGAACAUUCCUCUUAA